AUGGCAUCUCCGCUGCAGUUCGCUUACCGGACCCAGAAGACCAUUGGCGUCUUCGACGCCGCUCCGGUCUACACUCCCCUCGCUGGGUUCACCAAGCCCGAGGGAAACCUGCGGUGCAGUGCGUACUCGCCCUGCGGCCGCUUCUUCGGCUGGGCCUCGCCCGAGUCGGUGACCGUUGUCGACACCUCCACCGGCCAUCAGGUCCUGAACCUCCCCAUCGCCAACGUCUAUGAGCUCGGCUUCUCUCCCCUUGGCACCUUUGUCAUCACCUGGGAGCGGCCCGCCAAGGAUGAAGCUGGCGAUGCCACCAAGAACCUGAAGGUCUGGCGCACGGUGGAGGAGGGUGUUGCGGCCUCGGACAAGCAGCCUCUCGGCCGCUUCGUCCAGAAGCAGCAAGGGGGCUGGAACCUCCAGUACACAGCCGACGAAAAGUACUGCGCCCGUCUCGUCACCAACGAGGUCCAGUUCUACGAGAGCCACGACCUCGUCACGGUCUGGAACAAGCUCCGCGUCGAGGGGGCCGCAAACUUUGCCCUCGCGCCCGGGACUCAGAACCAUGCUGUGGCCGUCUUUGUGCCUGAGCGCAAGGGCCAACCGGCCGUCGUCAAGGUCUUCAACGUCCCCAUGUUCCAGAACCCCAUUUCCCAGAAGACCUUCUUCAAGGGGGAUAAGGUGCAGCUGAAGUGGAACAAGCGUGGCUCCAGCAUCUUGGUGCUGGCCCAGACCGACGUCGACAGGUCUGGCAAGAGCUACUACGGAGAAACGACGCUCUAUCUGCUCAGCACCAACGGCGCGUUCGACGCUCGCGUGACGCUCGACAAGGAAGGACCCAUUCACGACGUGUCCUGGUCGCCGAACUCUCGCGAGUUUGGCGUUGUGUACGGCUACAUGCCUGCCAAGGCGACCAUCUUCAACGACCGUGCCGUCGCCAAACAUUCCUUCCCGCUCAGCCCGCGAAACACCAUCACCUUCUCGCCCAGCGGUCGCUUUGUCCUUGUCGCGGGUUUUGGCAACUUGGCCGGACAGAUUGACGUGUACGAUCUGGAGAAGGAUUACCGCAAAGUCUGUACGAUUGAGAGUGGCAAUCCCAGCGUGUGCGAGUGGAGCCCUGACAGCCGUUACAUCAUGACGGCGACGACCUCGCCGCGCCUGCGCGUCGACAAUGGCGUGAAGCUGUGGCACGUUGGCGGCACCAUCAUGUACAACGAGGACAUGGUCGAGUUGUACAACGUCGUCUGGCGACCCGCCGCCCCUGAGAACGUGGCCGGCGGAGACCCGCUCAGUCCCGUGCCCUCUCCCCACGAGUCGGCGACUGCAUAUCUUGGCACAGUCAAGACUCCCAGCAAGCCUGCUGGCGCUUACCGGCCCCCCGGUGCCCGCGGCCUCGCCACGCCUCUGCAUUUCAAGCGAGAGGACGAGGGCGGCGCCGCUCACGUUGUGAGCAAUGGGACGCAGAACGUCGGUCCCAAUGGCUUUGGCCGGCCUCGCCGAGCAGUGCCCGGUGCGGAGCCGGCCGAGGCACCCGCGCAGGGGAGAGGCGUCCCUGGAGCCGAGCCUGCCGAUAACGAUGGCGCGUCUAAGAGAAACAAGAAGAAGCGAGGCAAGAAGGGCAACCAAGAAGGCAAGCCUGAGGCGGAGCCCAACGGCGGGGCUAGCCUUGCCCCUCCGCCUCAUGAGCGCGGCCCCGGUUCUGGGGGCGAGCGUCGCAGCCCCGAGCGCCGCGGCCCUGCUAAUGGCAACGGCCGUGACCUUCGCAGCCGAUCCAGGAACAACGGCAAUCGCAGCCGCAGCAACACUCAGCAAGACCCGCGCGGACACCCCGGGGCUCAAGGCAACGCGACCCCGCCUCCGGCAGGCCAGGGCGCCAACGCGGUCGCCGACGCCUCGCAGAACCCGAACGCUAAGAAGGUCCGGAGUCUUCAGAAGAAGAUUCGCGCCAUUGAGGACCUCGAGAUGCGCCUGGCGGGCGGCGAGAAGCUCGAGGACACGCAGCUGAAGAAGAUUCAGACCAAGUCGACGGUGCUGAAGGAGCUGGAGGUUCUGGAGAGGGAGUGA